UACAAGCCCUGGGAGAGUCUGGAGAGGAGCAGAGCUGCUGGGUUGAGGGGAGUAGAGCAUCGUGAGAUGGCCAGGGGUAGCCUGGAGACCCCACAACACAUUAUGAGCCUGCUCCUGGGAACCAUCCUGCUGCUCCUGCUGCUGCCUGACGCUGCUGGGGGACAGGAGAGUUGUGCUGAAUUGAAUCGGGGUGACAGGCAUCACCAGUGCUGCAACACUGCGGAGUCAGAGGAGCGAGGCGAUGGGACCCCUAGCCCUGACUUGCCUCGGCACUGCCCAGAGCUGAGGCGCUCCAGCAGCCCUGCUUGCGCCUGCCUGCGGGAGCGCUGGCUCAGACUGCUGCAGUCGGCAGGGCCGGCGCUGCGCAGUGGACUGGCCGGGCUGAAGGUGCUGCUCCUCAAUGUCAGCAGGGCUGCCACCCAUGAUGUCCUCAUCAACUUUUCCCCCAUGGAGGGCCCUCAGAUGCUGAAUCUGACGGCAGGCAAAGUCCAGCUCCCCAGGGAAAUAUUCCGGUCCCUGAGCAGCUGGACAGUGCGUGUGGUUGUGAUGGUCCUCAACAUCCAGCAGCUUGGCAUGUUUGAGGAGGUCAACCGGACGGGGCAGGUGCUGGAUGACACCGUGGUGGGCAUCACAGUGGGAGAGACGAGCAUCUCUGGGCUGCAGGACCCCGUGCAGCUCACCUUCACCCACAGGCAGCUGCCCCAUAAUGUCACCCCACAGUGUGUCUUCUGGGAUACCAGCAAAGGGCAGGCAGGAGGCUGGAGCAGCAGUGGAUGUGUCACACAGCCCGGAGACAAGGAGACAGCCUGCUCCUGUGACCACCUCACCUUCUUCACCCUCCUCCUGAAUCCGGCUCUGGACAGGUCCACAGCACAAGGCUUGAUGGCUGUUGCCACUGCUGGCUGUGGGGUAGCCAUGGCUUUCUCCAUCUUCACCAUUGCCUUCUGCAUCUUCUUAAGGUGCAGGUUCAGGUCUGAGGACACUCUCUGCAUCAACCUGGGGCUGCACGUGAACCUUGUGGGCAGCCUGUUCCUCCUCAACCUGGCCUUCCUGCUCAACAGCAGGCUUGCCAGUGAGACCCAGCUGGGGACCUGCAAGGUCUUGGGGGGGCUCACCCACUACUGCCUGCUCUGCUGCUUCACCUGGAUGGCAUUGGAGGGCUCUCACCUCUAUCUCCUCUUCGUCAAGGUCCUUGGCACCUACAUCCACCACUACCUGGUGAAGCUUUGCCUGGUUGGCUGGGGCUUCCCCACUCUCAUUGUGGGGGUGGCAGGAGUCAUCGACAGCUAUGGAGAAUACAGCAUCCAGACCGCGGACCACCAGGUCAUAGCCCGCCUGUGCUGGAUCCCUUCUGAACAUGUCCUAGUCCACUAUAUCACCAACUGUGGCUACUUCGGCCUCAUCUUCCUCUUCAACAUGGGUGUCUUUGGGAUGGUGAUCCAGAAGAGCUGCUGCCUGAAGGACACAGGGGUGGUGCAGAGAGACCACAAGGCCUGGAAGGUGGCCCUGGUGGCAGCGGGACUCUUCUGCCUGCUGGGAGUCACCUGGGCCCUGGCAUUCCUCACGCACAACACCUCCUCUGUGCCCAUGCUCUACCUCUUCACCAUCCUCAACUCUCUCCAAGGAAUCUUCAUAUUCAUCUGGCUGGUUGUCCUCUACUACCCAAAGACAAAGGAGAUCACUGGGUCCCUCUCCCACAUCAUCAGACACGACACAACGACCACAGUCUCCCAGGACUAGCUGCCAGCUAGAUCUUCCUCCCUGCCUGGGUGUGCACAUGCUGAUAGCAAGCUUGGAUCCUGAAGGAUGCAGCUUUCCCACAGAGGACAGGGCCUCAGUUUACCCUUCAGUGGGUAUGACCCACCUUAGGGCUCUUUGUGUCAGCCCUUUCGUUCCCAGUGGCCUGCUUUGGGCAGGGAGCUCUGGAGGUGCCCCUGCUGCCAAAGUCCCUCCAGGCUGCAGCUCCCCCAUAGUCUUGAAGUGUGCUCACUCUCAUUCCCCAGGGGAUCUUGCAGGGGUGAGGAGGGAGCCCACGAACCACCUGUCUGAAGUCAGAUGGGGCCAUCCCCCUCUUUGCUAGACCUGGCCUUUGCUGCUGUACCAGGCUGGUGGAGGGUUUUUCUGCUCCAGCGCAGACUCAGGAGGUUCAGGUUUGGGAAUUGGCAAAAAAAAGAGAAAUUCCUCUCCAAAUGGAUUUGGAGCUGAGGUCUUCAGGCAGGGAUCUGCUGGGCAUCCCUCCUGAAAAACACCCUCUGGAGCCAGCAAUGAUUUCUGUGAGAACACUGUGCUUUGGCUGAAUGUACACACGUAGCCGCCUAUCAGGGAAAACACUCAUC